ACCUUGCCACCUUUGUUGUCACUUAUUGCCAGUUCAGUCAUGCGUUCUGAUGUCAGACUCCACUCCAACACCUUGGUUUAUCAUAUACUGUAUGUCCCAACAUCAUAUAUUUGAUACAUUCUGAUGUCUGGCCUCAUCUCUCUCUAGUAUUUCCAAGAAUCUGAGGAUUUGUUUCCCUUAGUAGGGCAAUAAUAUGGGUUGUAUUUGUUUCCCUUAGUAGGGCAAUAAUAUGGGUUGUAUUUGUUUCCCUUAGUAGGGCAAUAAUAUGGGUUGUAUUUGUUUCCCUUAGUAGGGAAAUAAUAUGGGUUGUAUUUGUUUUUUGAGUGCUGGUUUGGAGCAGGAAGGAUGCAGUUAAAGUUAAACCAGUAAAGACAGCUAGCUUCCUUUGACUGCAGGAGGGCAGAGGGAGACACAGUCCAAUGUUUGCUUUAGGUGUGAGUCAUAGAGAGUGUGUUUAGCCUGAAUACCCCCCAUUGUCUUUCCUGCUGGUCGGUUGACAGCUGGCUGCAGUGAUGGGCUUUGUGUCAUCCUGUAUGGCUCCAGACACAUUUAAUUACUGGCCUUUCAGUACGGACACUGUGUUCCUCAGAGGAGACAAGACUGCUCAAAUGUACUAUGAAAUUAGCUCAAAAUGGAUUUCACAUGACUUGGAAUCCGUUGGAAUUGUGAAACCCCAAACUAGAGAAAGUCAUUGGAGAAACAGAGCUGAUAGUACAUUGACAGUUGACUGACUCCCCUUAGUCCAUCUUUAUGGAUUGUCCAACCUUCACAAUCGCCAACAGUUGCUACAGUGUUGUUGUUGUUGGCCCAUCCACCAUCAGAGGACAAAAUUAAACAUUGUUUUUACAGAUUUUUCUUUUGUUUUUACAUGUACAUUCUACACACAUUUUAUGUACAUGGCCCUUUAUUUGUAUGAAUUUUUUUACAGUAGUUACAUAGCAAGAAUAAAGUAAUUUGACUUUGAUAUACAUUACAUCUAGAUAGUACGUAUACAUUAUGUUUUCAGACAACUAUUAUAGAAGAUGAGCUUUUAAAGCCACCCCUCAGCUACUCUGUCCAUCCCACCUAUCUCCGUAAACCCGCCCCUCAGCUACUCUGUCCAUCCCACCUAUCUCCGUAAACCCGCCCCUCAGCUACUCUGUCCAUCCCACCUAUCUCCGUAAACUCGCCCUCUACUGAUUUCCGUGGGCCAUAUUUUUUUCAACUGUGCUGUUUCACAUAAAUUCUGAACCUGUUUUAAUCGCAUAGUAUCUACAACUUUGUCAGGGUGUGUAGCAGAGCUGCAGGGGCGUAUGCAUGGCCUACAAGGGGAGAUGAAGGCAGAGUGUGAGCGGUUCAGACAGUCCCAGGAUGCUCUAGCCAACGCCAGGAGAAACCUGACCACCAGAGAACAGAGUCUACAGAGAGCCAAGGACGAACUGAGCCUCGCUUACACGCGCAUCUCACAGGAGAGCGAUCGGGCCCAGUCAUUGGAGCAGCGUGUGAAGCAGCUGCAGGAGGAACUGAAGUGUCAGAGACAGAACGCUGAGAGCAGCCGGCUGCAGCACCAGCAACGCACCAGAGACCUUGACAAACAACACCAGAGGGACUUGUUGGAUCUGCAGAAAGAGUGUCAGUCUGCGGAGAAACGGCACCAGCUGGAUGUUAACAAACUGAACCAGGAGGUCCAGCAGACCAGAAUACUACACAACACACUACAGGCCCAGUCUGAGAAGGUGACCCUUCAGAAGCAGGCGUUGGAGAGGGAUAUAGACGCUUUGAAAGAGAAAGUCAAAUGGACUGAGGGGGAACUGAAGGAGAGCCAGAAGAAAGAGGCCCAAACACAAACCAAACUAACGGAGUCACUGUGUGAGAGGGAGGGGCUGAAUGUAACACUGGAGCAGAACAGGAGGAGAGAGAGAGGACUGGAGGAGGAGGUGAAGAAGCUGGCUGAGGAGCUGGCAGAGGCCCUCAGACGCAUCAAAGAACUAGAAGACCAGAAGACGGUCCAACCCAUUGCUGCUCCAAUGGCUCCAGUCCCGUUUAGCCCUGCCGGACAGAGCUUUUCCCCGGUCUCACAAAUACGACAUGGCCACACCACACCCUCGGCUCAGACCAACAGACCUGCUAGAGGGGAGCAAGCGAGGGAGGAGAGAGGGAACGAGGGACAGAGAGCAAAGUACCCCACAGAGCGAGAGCCUGGCGAGGGCAUCGACUCAGAGCACAUCACUCCAUUUGGCUCCACAGACUCUGACAAAACAAAGAGGGCAGGAGAAAGGGGGAAAGGUGAGGAGAGGAAACGAGAGAAUGAGAGACAAGACGAGGUAGAGUCGGUAGUGGAUGGCUGCAUCCCUGGGAAGGAUGCUUCCACCAAGGACAAAACCUCACUCAGCACACAGAGCUCUCUUUCUGACCCAGACCACAGUCCCCACCUCAGCAGCUCCGCUAGCUCCGACACAGACUACGAGAGCGAGACCCUGUCCAGCCACUCCAAACCCAGAGCCCAGACCACCGGGGCUGAGGGAGACCUACAGAGGGAGAACCAAGAGCUGCGUUCAGAGCUGCAGGACGUUAAGGAUGAGUUACAAAGGAGACUGGAGGAUCUGGAGACCCAGCGCAGAGCGGCGGCCGAGGCCAGGACCAGGCUCAAGCAACACAGCCACAAACCUGCCUCCCAGGCUGAGACCUCCAGAGAGAAGGAGGAGAGGAGGAGGGAGUUAGAGGAGAGGGCAGAGACAGGGAGGUUGAAGGAGGCACUGACUGAACUUGAGAUAAAGGUCAGGAGAGAUGGAGAGGACAGGGAGAGGGGGGAGAGAGAGAAGGAGGAAAGGAAAGAGAGGGAGAGAGGGGACAGGGAGUCUGAAAGCAUGCUGCUGAACCUCCAGCUAAAAAAGAAGCUGGCUGAGUUGAAGACAGAGCUCUUGAGAGAACGGGAGGAGCGAGAAAGUGAAAAGGAGGAGAGGAAGAGAUUGAAAAACAAAGGGAUAGAAGGAACGAUUGACCUGACUGUCAAGCUGGAAGAGCUCCAGGAAGAGUUGAAGGAACUGAAGAACUGUGGACGUCUUGAAGUGAAGAACAUGGUAGAUAAAAACACCCCUCUGACAUAUCUCACCCUGCACCAUGACAUCACCUCUAACUCCAACAACAACACUGUUGUCCCUGACUACAAGCUACUGCCAUCUCCAGAUCAGCACCACCUCCUGUGUGAGAAUACCAACCCACAGAACACUGUUGUCUCCCAGGCAACAGAAACAACAGCUGAUCUGAUCCAGGAGGACGGAACUCUGACCAAAGCUCCAGAUCUCUCCAGACCUAUUGGUGAGGGAGAGACCAUUGUGGAGGCCCAGAGGGGUGUGUCUGCCUCUGAGCUGGGUGAAACCACUGUGGAAGCUGAGAAAGGGGUAUCUCCCUCAGACCAGGCUGAAACCACCAUGGAGCUCCAGAGUGGAGGCCUCUCUGCCUCAGAGCUAGCCCAAGAGGUGGAGCAUCUGUGUGGGGAGAGCGCCAAUGAGGCUGGUCGAGCCAGACAGACCCAGGCCAAGCUGGUGGCUCGACAGAGCCAGGUAACCAGGCAGACCCAGCAGCUGACCCUGGCCUUCGACCACCAGAGUAGACACAUCCAGGAGCUGCUGGGGCAGGGACAGGAACUGCAGCGCUGUAGAGAUGAACUGGCCACGCUCAGAGAGGAGAAGGGGAGACGGGAGGAAGAGAGACAGAAGGAGGAAAUCAAGGAAAGUAGGGUCACUAUAACCCCUCAGCAGGCUGACCAUUACACAGAUGUACAUCAGAUCACUCAGAAUGAGUCUGCCUCUGGGAUAGAAGAGAGUACAGACAUAACAAAACCACUGAACACUACCCAGGCUUCCUCUGCACUUUCUGAUGAGGGAGGUCAGCUGCCAACUCCACAGAAAAAUUGUGUUACAGAAUUGUAUUAUGUAAUAGACAGCACUUCCACUCUGAGCAACCAUCCUGUUGAAAAUGAGGCAGCGAAGAUGGUGGAUUCUAAGGCUUCUGCUCAGCCAAGCAGGAGUGAAGAGACAGUUGAAAACACAGAGAAAUUCAAAUCGGACCAUUUAACUGUCACACGUUCUGAGGAGCAGAUGGGACAUCCUGAGGGUUCUGGGCUCCAACAGCAACACGUCCGUAGUGACGGACACGCCAUGGACAGCCCUGCCUUCAGGAGAGCUACUGAAGAGUUCCAGCUAUCCCAGAGAGACCCGAGUCUAACCAGGACUGAGAAUACACUUCUUACUGUAGAGCUGGAGAAAGCUUCUGGUCCUACCAACAAACAGUACACCAAUGGACAGGGUCGAGAAGAGAGUCUGGCUGAAGAGCUGCGGUCUCUAAAACAGCAGAACGAACAACUGAAACUCAAACUUCAAGAUGUGGCAACCACAGACAGAGAAAUGAGUUUUGUCAGUAACACAACACUACCAGCCACCUGUGAAUACCAGGCUGAAAGAAGAGCAAAGAGAAGGAAAAGAAAGAACCAGAGAGGACAGGAAGUUAUCUCCACCUCUGGAGAGCUAGAGCAAAUCAGUGACAUCAUCACCUCAGGAUGGGAGGCCACACUGCAGGAUGGAGGGAAACCCAAAGACGAGGAGAGAGGGGAAGUAGAGUCUGAAGGAGAGAGGGAGAGAGGAGCUAGGGGUGACAGGAGCGGGGGAGUAGAGAGGGAGAGAGGAGCUGGAUAUGAGACUCUACUAGACACUACUCCACUGGCUCCAUUCCAGAUCACCUGCCUAGAGAAGCAGGUGGUGGCGCUGCAGGCUGAACUGCAGUCUCUCUCUGAGGAGAACCAGAGACAGGCUGAGGACCUGGCAGUGUGGAGGCUGAUGGCCCAGACCCCCUGUCUGGACCCAGAGGACCCCAUCGCUGCUACCCACAGCCCUGCUCCCCUCAGCCCUGGACACAACACUGCUCCCCUCAGCCCUGGACACAACACUGCUCCCCUCAGCCCUGGACACAACACCGUGACUGUCAUCAGGGAGGAUGAGCUGCUUCUCUCCUGCACCUUCAAUAGACUCUAUGGGAGGACCCUGGUCUCAAGACUGCAGCACUGCAAUUCUCUUGAACCAAAGAGUAUCCAAAACUCACCCAGAAAGAACAAAUCGACAUAUCACCAAGAGACAGAAAAACCGACCAAUGAACAUAGAGAUGAAGAAGCAGACGUCACCAAAGAUGUUUACCAAACCUCAGAGCUCCAGACCAAGGCAACAGAACACGCUAACCAAGAUGAUCCAGAAAACAAGACCAAUCCAAACACUCCCAGAGCAACAGAUGAGACCCAGACCAAGGCAACAGAGCACGCUAACCAAGAUGAUCCAGAAAACAAGACCAAUCCAAACACUCCCAGCGCAACAGAUGAGACCCAGACCAAAGAAAUCGUCUCAAGGCACAAUCUAGACAUCAUAGAACUAAAUGACCUCAGAGAGUUCCCCACUCUAUCUCUCGCUGAGGCUCAAUCCACUGAAGCACAGUCCUCUGAAACCAACCAUCCCAGUCACCAUCAAGAGGAACCAAUCUCCACUGGGGUUGAAAAUAAAAAUCACUGCUCGGUCUGUAGAAAAGUCACCACCACAACCACUGGUGAGUGGCAGACUGAGAGAACGAUAGUGGAGACCAAGGUUCAGAGGUUAGAGGUUAGGAGCACCAGCUCUCAGACAGAGGAGAGGGGAGCAACAGGAGUCUGGACACCGACACAGCCUUCUACUCCAGCCACUUCACCAGAAACACACCAGGUAUACACACAGACCGAGAAGGAAGAAGAUGGGGAGAAUGAUGAGGAUGAAGUACCCACAGAAUCUCCCCCUAUGUCACCAGUCUGGAUGUCGGAGGCAGAGGGGGACAGGAUGUUGUUUUCCGGUUCAUUCCCGAUCCCAGCCGACCCAGCCCGCCUGGCGGAGCGUAUCCGUCGUAACCGGUAUCAGAUGUCUGCAGCGUACGACGAUACGGAGUACGAACCCUACGGCCUGCCUGAGGUGGUCAUGAAAGGUUUUGCUGACAUCCCCAGUGGUCCAGCCUGUCCGUACAUCGUGAGGAGGGGGCUCUUGGGUACUGAUGCUAUGCCCCUCCCUCAGAGAGACCCUGGCCAGAGGGGGGGGGGCAGGAGGACCCUGAGUAAUCCCCAACAGAUCCACUGGGAGACUGUUAGAGAGAGUCCAUUUCACUGGACCUACUGCAUACCACCUCCUGACCUGAUGUACUGACCCGUGGUACUGGAACAUAGAGAUCAAACAAAACUCCUUUCAUCUCUGUCUACUGAAACACCUAGACCUGAAGAGGGACAACAACUUUCACCUACUGACGUUUCAGAAGGGGCCUUUUAUUGAGUUUAACCACAGCUCAUUGGUUUCUCAGCACCUACCACAGUACUGUUCUUAACAAAUCUGUUUAACCACGACUCAUUGGUUUCUCAGCACCUACCACAGUACUGUUCUUAACAAAUCUACUGAUAAAGAUUUCCUUGAUAUGCUGUAAAUUAGAAAUUGUCCCGGACGCCAAGGUUAUGAUUUAUCUUAUGGGUUAGGCCAUGGUCAGUGGUAAGUUGUUAAAACUAAAAACAUUAAUUUUUGUUUGAGUUGCCUUAUUUAUAGACUGUUGAAUGUGUCAGUGUGUGUGUUCAUAUCGGCUUUUAUAAGCAGUUGGUGUACAUUUUUAGGGAGUGUGUGUGUUGGUUUGUACAAAAAUGUGUGUACAAGGCCGAGUACGUACUGCAUGUGUAGGAUGAUGUGUGGGUCGUUAUGUUUUCUCAAUGUUAGCGUGUGCCUGUGUAUGACUCAACCUAACCUGAGCGUGUUUCCUCUCCUUGUAUGGCGAUCCACUGGGAGCGCUCCCUCUCUUCCCCUCCCUCUCUUCCCCUCCCUCUCUUCCUCCCCUUUUCUUUCCUUCCACUUAGAAACGUUUUAAGGCUUGCACCCUCACACCGUGUUCUUAAAUUUACACUAGUGCCAGACACUUAUGAGUGCUAUUUUCUUUUGUUGAUACGCUUUAUUUAAAUUGUGCAGUUUGUCUUUUUUAAUCUAUUUAUUAUAUUUUUUGGGGCAGAUUUAAUAUAUUAGAACUUUUCGAUAGAUAUUUUUGCGCACGUUAAGUAUUGUGCCUAAGAUUUGUGCCUUAGGCUUUUAGAUUUUCAGUUGGAACAAACUGCCCUGGUUUGAAACAAUAUUCAGUUAAGAGAAUGUAUAGCAUCUUAAAUGUAGUUCUGGUACUGCCACCCUCGAUGUGCUUUGAGGAAGUGUGCACUUGUAUAUGUGAGUGUUUAGUGUGAACAAAACCUUCCUCCAUUACAAAUCCACUAUACUCCAACCACCUUUCA